UAGCGUGUAGUGCGACCACAAAUAAAAUCCGUCGCGUGGCCCUGUGGACUGUACCAGUUCCUUGCCCUCAAUUGCAACAGAGGAAUUGCCCUUGUGCCAGCUCUCAACAUGGCCAACGUGUCGCAUGAGCACAACAGCUCUCCCAUGCCGGGUGUUGUUCGGAAUCCUGACCCCGCGCUGGAUGUCGCACACGAGCACCACCACGAGCACCUACACCAUGGUGCCGCUGCGCACGCCGACGUCAACGACGACAAGGCCUACACCAAAGGUACCACGCUCAACGAACCGAGCGUGAUACCCGCGCAAGACCCGAAUGACGAUGCGCUCCACCGUCUUGGCCACCCGGAGCGAAAAGAUAUUGACAUCGAAAAGUCUGGCGGCUACUACGAGACCGAGCAGGGUAGCUUGGAGAGAGAUUCGCACGCCAACGGCGUCACUGAAGAGGAGGAUCCCAAGAAACACUCCAUCUCCAUGUACUACCGAAGAUAUCGCAUCUUCGUCCACAUCUUCAUUGGAAUGUUAUUCACCGGUUGGUGGAUUGCCAGCGUUGUAGUGCAUCGGCAUGACAAGAACUGGGUCAUUCCAUUUCUGUUCUGGUUGGCUAUCAUGCUCCGCCUCAUCUUCUUCCAUGUUCCCAUUACCAUCGUCACGCGACCGAUGCACUUUGUGUGGAACAACACUGGUGUACGCUUCGUCGCGCUGAUCCCGGAAAAGAUGCGAACCUAUGCUGGCGCUGCGCUAACAAUCGCCGUCAUCCUCGUCGGAACCUUUGCGAGUGAAGAGUCGGAGGAUAACACUCGAGCCAACCGCGCUAUCAGUUUGUUUGGUCUGGUUGUGUUCCUCGCCUUCUUCUAUGCCACGUCCCGGAACAAGAAGAAGAUUGUGUGGCACACUGUCAUCGUUGGCAUGCUCACGCAGUUCAUCAUCGCCCUUUUCGUUCUCAGAACCAAGGCUGGAUACGACAUCUUCAACUUCAUUUCCACCCUGGCUCGUGAGCUGCUGGGCUUUGCCAAGGAUGGAGUAGCGUUCUUGACCACUCCUGACAUUGCGGCAAACACCUUCUUCUUCUUCAGCGUCAUUCCGGCCAUCAUCUUCUUCGUCGCGUUCGUGCAGCUGCUGUACUACUGGGGCAUCGUACAGUGGUUCAUCGGCAAGUUUGCCGUUUUCUUCUUCUGGUCCAUGCGCGUCUCUGGUGCCGAGGCUGUUGUCGCUGCCGCGUCACCUUUCAUUGGCCAGGGAGAGUCCGCCAUGUUGAUUCGGCCCUUCGUCGCACAUUUGACGCAGGCAGAGUUGCACCAGGUCAUGACUUCGGGUUUCGCUACCAUCGCUGGUAGUGUCCUGGUAGCCUAUAUUGGUAUGGGCAUCAACCCUCAGGCGCUCAUCUCGUCAUGUGUCAUGAGUAUUCCUGCGUCCCUUGCUAUUAGUAAACUGCGAUACCCCGAAGAGGAGGAGACUCUUACUGCCGGCCGCGUUGUCAUUCCAGACGACGAUGAACACAAGGCCGCCAACGCUCUGCACGCCUUCGCCAACGGUGCGUGGCUAGGUCUCAAGAUUGCCGGCAUGAUUGUCACCACGCUCCUCGUCAUUAUUGCGCUGCUGAACCUUGUCGACGGUCUUUUGACAUGGUGGGGCCGCUACAUCAACCUCGACGGAGACUACGAUCUUACUCUGGAGCUCAUCCUCGGCUACCUCUGCUUCCCGAUUGCAUUCUUGAUCGGUGUGCCCCGCAGCAAGCACGAGCUUCUCCUUGUCGGACGUUUGAUUGGUGUGAAGGUCAUCGCGAAUGAGUUCGUUGCCUUCAACAACUUGCAGAACGAGCCCGCAUACGCCGACCUGUCGCCCCGUGCCAGACUCAUUGCAACUUACGCCGUUUGCGGUUUCGGUAACAUUGGCUCUCUCGGAACCCAGAUCGGUGUGCUCAGCCAGAUCAGUCCAGGACGCAGCGGUGAUGUCUCGCGCCUUGCCGUCAGUGCACUGAUUUCUGGUGUCGUCUCUACUUUGACCAGUGCUAGCAUUGCCGGUUUGGUUGUUAAUGAUCAGGUGAAAUUCACUUCGCUCCCCUCAUCCUCUUAAGUAGCUUUAUGCAUGCAUCGUCGGUAUGAGGACGCCGCACUAUGUUGAAAAAUGGCCAAAGUUGUUCGGCCGAAGAGAUACCCUACAACAACAAUCUCGUAAUUAUUCGAUGAGCUUUCCAAUGAUUCUCCUGCAACCACGUGAACUCGACUAUACCCAGGCGCGUCCUUGCUCUUGUAACCUGGUCGCUUGGUGCUGUUGCCACUAAACGUCAAAAUUAACCCAAGUGAUGGAUGAAUGAUGCUGCAAUUCGACAAAAGGAUAUUCUAAAUGAAUUGGGAGUAAAACUUGAAGAAGUGGAGGAGAGAUCAAGAGAUG